CCUGACCCCGGUAACCCGGCAGUGGAAGCGGCGCAGCUCCAGCUCCAGCUCCAGGCCUGGGCCCGCCCAUGGACUGAACCGGGAUUAAACCGGAGAGGAGAGCCCAGGCCAGCCCCACGCGUGGGGGGCGCGAGUGAACAGCGGGGCAACAGAACUGCUUCAAGUAAUUUAGGUCGAGACCCUUCAGAAUCAGGUCGCUUAUGAAUAUUUUAGCGACAGGCUCCCCACGAACAUACGGUGUGCUAAACGGGUGGGAGGCGGCGCACGUCUGUCCGCACUCCAGGCCAGUAGCAAACCUCAAGCUUACCGCCACCCCGUGGAUGGCGGCCGGUUAUUCCAGGCCAACUCGUGAGCGGCACUAAGGCUCUCUCUGCAAACUCAGCUCUCUAAUUUUGGUCACAUGAUUGCCAAUGAUGGAUUGUACACCAGAGUCUGGAUGCUCGAGUACUCUGGGAUCACCACCUGGAGAAAAACAGGAUGGGAGUAAGACUUCAAAAGGUCAUAAUAUAUACUAUGGAUCACAGCAAAAUGAAAAACACAUUGAGAAGAUAAAUGAAGAACAGCGUGUGACCAAGAAAAGAGGCCGGCCAAAGGGCAAAAAGCGCCAAAAAAACGUACCCAAUGGUCCCAAAGCUCCACUUACAGGCUACAUGCGGUUCCUGAAUGAGCGUCGCGAACAACUGCGUGCACAGCAACCAGAUCUACCUUUUCAAGAAAUCAUCAAGACAUUGGGCAGUGAAUGGAGCAAACUCCAGCCUGAAGACAAACAGUGCUAUCUGGAUGAAGCUGAGCGGGCAAAGCAACAGUACAUAAAAGAACUGCAGGAGUAUCAGCGAACUGAAGCUUGCAAAAUGAGCAAAAUUGGCAUCCAGGAAAAGAAGCUAAGGAAAGAAACCGCUCAUUCAUUGUCAAAUGGUAUGCAUGCUGAGAAGAACAACGAACAGCAAGGGAAAAUGUCUAUGUUUAAUAUUCCAAUAUUUACAGAAGAAUUUCUUGAUCAUAACAAAGCUCGAGAAGCAGAGUUGAGAAAGUUGCGAAAGACUAACAUUGACUAUGAAGAGCAGAAUGCAGUCCUGCAGAAGCACAUUGAUAAUAUGAGAAGUGCUAAAGAAAAACUGGAGGAAGAGCUGGCUGAAGAACAGAGUCAAAAUGCAAAUCUACACAAGCACCUUGACAACUUACGGCAAAUGUUAACAACCGGUUUCACUGACGCCGCACUGCCAGGAAGUGGAGAAAGCUUGACAAUUGACACGAUUGAUUCCUAUAUGACAAAACUUCAUAGUAUCAUAGACAACGACCCUCAGCAGAACGAGAAGCUUGUGAAGAAGGUGCAAGAGAUAGUUAGCAGCUUAGACAACAGUGAUGGACCUUAAAACAUCAGGAACUUCAAAUGUUAGCUAAAAUACCAAGUUCCUCUACCUUUCUAAACUUUAUAGAGUUAGCUUUAACUCUAUGAAGCAGGUGCGGCUGUUUUGAAGUCCAAUUAUACAGAUCUACACUUCUACAUCCUUCAAGAUUAAAGCAAACUGAUAUUAACGGAACUGCUGACUACACACUAAAUAUUUUGCAAUAGAUAGCUCGAGGUUUAAUUAAAUUACGGAAAUAGGACUAUUUGUUGAAGUUACGGAUAAUAUUUAAUUGUUACAUAUAGAACUCUUUUUGUGAAUUAUGGCAUCAUGCGGGUUGUGACCUCAGAGUGGAUUUUCUAGUUUUUAUUAACUUUUAUAAUUAGUAUGUCUUCGUGCAUGCACUCUAUACAUUUAGAAGCUACAUUGUAAAGUUUACUGACAUCUUGUUAUGAUUAAAUUAUGUUUGUAUUAACGUUUUGUCGACUAAUGUGAAAUACUGUGAUAGUAAAGGAAGCUACAGUCUGUUUUGAAAGCAGCCGUGAUGACAGGGAUGUAGGCACUGCCAAUUCCACUUCGCCAUGCUUGCAAUCAAUAAAUAUAAGCUAAUGAUGAGCCAUAUUUUUGGAGUCGGCUUCAGAGAAAAAUUCUGGUAAAGUGAAAUUCAUCACUAAUUCACUUCUUUAAAGGUAAAAAAAAUGAUCCCAUGUAAUUAUGUCUCAAGAUUCAAGGCUCAAAUUUAAGAUUUUUGUAAAAAUGUGUUUUCUGUAGUAACCAUGUUAGUUUUCUUCCUGGAGUACAAUAACAGCUGUUUAUAUAUCUGGGGAUUAUGUUUAGAAAGCCUCAUACGUUAGAUCAUUUUAUGAACUGAUGGACAGAGCUCUGAUGACACCAUAAAGUUGGGUCUAGAGUGGUUUACCAACAUUACUGCCAUACUGCUAUCUUGAAAUAAUAAGAAAUGUAUCUUGGUUUAACAGAAUACUUUUAACUACACAGAGGUAGGUCAUUAGCACAAUUUCGUGAUGACCCAAAACGGCAGGAUGCUGUUUAAAAGAGGUUCUGCCAAGUAUUUGUAUGUACUUUUAGGUUGAAUAAUUAUAAUUAUUUCACUGUUUCAAGGUUGUAAUGUUCCUCAAAAUUUACAUUUGGAAGUGGUUGUGAAAUCGAGGGAGGACAGCAUUCAAAAUGUUUGUUUCUGUCUGAAUAUUUGAAGUUGCUGCUUAAUGAUGUGAGACUGCUGUUAUUAAGUGUAAAUAAUAUAGCAAUAUUUGGGAAUGUUAGCUGAAUGGAAGAAGUCUACAGCUGGGCCACCUUGGAGGUGAGCGAGCACUUGCCUGACCUGACAAAUCAGCAAGAAAAGUGCUAAAGUUAUUUUGUUUCAGAGUUUGGUCCCUAGAGAUCAAAGCCAUGUGUAUUUUUUCAGCCAUGAUAAAGUACUACCGCCAAUUAUUAAAAUUGUCUCCCAUUUAAACCUUAUUUUGAUUUUUCCUGUAGUAUCCGUUCCAUUAAAAAAAAAAAAAUCGAAACUGGGUGGAUUCCAAAGAAUAAUAUUGGAUUUACUUUCAUCCACAUCAUUUACUAAGCCAAGGACACUGAAGCCACUUUUAAGGCUUCUGAUUUUAAUUUGCUGAGAUUCACCAAUGAGUAAAGACCAAGAAUCAGAAGUUUAAACUUGCUGCUUUGGUGGUGAAAAGACAUAGGAUCAACAAGAAAUGGGAAGAAAACAGUAAUGCUUCUCUUCAUUGUCCAUUUUGCAGAACCACCUUCCAGGCAUCACUUCUGGUCUCAGAAAAUAGAGAUUUCUUCCUGAAGGACUGUCACUCUUAAAAGAAUGCUCUUAAAUGCUGCAAUGACAUUUUGACAGAAAUAACUACACUCCAUUAACUAAUUUAUGUGUAACGAUCUUCAUAGUCAGCCCUUGUGGAGUAGAAUCCCACAGAAUGUAUCUUUUGUGAUCUUUUUCCAAUGAGUAGAUGACUGCAAGCUGAACAGUUUCUCAAUACGAAUUGAAAUAAAUCUUUUGAUUCAUGGAACAAAAUAUUUUGUAUAUCUGAGAGUAUAGGCUGAAAUUACCCAAUAGCAUAGGUGGAUAUAAAAUGGAUAGACUGAGUUAUCAACAGUAUAUUGUGGAAUUUUAAAGCUAAAUGAAAGUAGAACAAAUAACUCGUGUGAAAAGGGAGUAUACAGGGAAGAUAGCAAAUAAUUUUGCUUACCUCAGUUUUCUAUUUGUACUUUCGUAGAACGUUAAUAUUAACUUGUUGUUGAACACUACAAUUUAUUGCUGCAGAGAAUAGGUGCAAUUUGGAAUCGUUAAUAUUGCUACAAGUUUUACCACUUGGAUUAUUCAGUACUGCCAUGGGCUAUUUAAUAUAUGAUACAAAUUAUAGGAAGAUGCGAGACCUGGCAACAAUUUGCUUCUCUUUCUGCUUGCUUCGUAUUCCAAUGUUACUACCUAUACUUUGUUUUUUCGUAGUAUUAUAUAUACUACUCCCUUUAAAGUGGUUUUACUUCUUCAGAAUUAGCUUAUUAAAAUAAUUAGUUUAUGUUAUUAAUAUUUCUACAAAGUCUAUUACCAUUCAUCGGUUUGAAAUUUUUGCAAGAUUUUUAAAUCCGUUUUUGGUCUCUCCAGAAGGGGGCUACAAUUUUGGAAUCAUAACUGAUCAGAUUUAUAUAGUUUUUUUUUGUUUCCAAACCAUAGUCAACCUCCUUCCAUUGGUAAGGUAUUUAUGGCUCUAUGCAUUAUUCCAACUGGUACAAAAAUCUGUGUCCGCUGUACUUUAACCCUUUAUACUAAAUUACUUGUAUGUCACUGGCACCCAGAAUUAUAGCUGCUGUUAUGGCCUUUUUCACAUGUUAAAGAUAUGUACUUCAGUGUUCUUAAUUUGCUUCGUGACAUGCAGGUUUUCCUCUUUGUGCUUGGGUACAAAGUAUCACCUGAUUGUAGAAAACAAUGGGACUGAGCGAUUAUUAGCCAAAGUAGUAGAAACAUUGACUCUCUCUCGCUGCAUCCUUACACUGCAUCCUUACAGAUUGUUAAUCUACCAGUUUUUAAUGGCAAUCCACAACAUCUUUCUUGUGUCUAUUUCCAAGUUAUUUGGGUGCAUGCAGCUUUAAACUUUGCAUUCAUUUAAUAGACGAUAGUUCAUACAUUGUGAUGAAAGAGUUUUGUUGCAUGUUUACAAGAAUAAAUGCAAAUACUGCUUUAAUGUUGCAUUAUGUUUACAGAUACCACUGCUGUAAAUGCUGUAGUAAGUAAAUGACAAGAGGAAGCUUUAGCUGCAAAGCAAAAAAAAGUUGUGAUGACAAUAAUCUUUGGGAUCAGUUGUAUAAUCUCAAAGAUUUGUGAUGUUACUUUUGAAUCAGUAGGGAUGCCAUCCAGUUUUUGUGAAUCGAUGUACUGUUCAGAUUAACUCCAUUAAGUAAUUUUUUCUCACUCAUCAAACUAGUUCAGAUUAACAACCUGUUUUUAUCUGCAAACUAUGUAUACUAAUUUUAAUAUGUAGUUCAGUUUGUUGAUAAAAUGUAGCAAUUGGUUACACGCCAUGCAAUAAACGCCUGAUACUGUUUUACA